AUGGCCGAACCUACAGCCCGCGACCAGCUGAGCAAGCGCGCGAUCCCUUUCAUGACGCUCGCAAACGGGCUUGAUGGACUUCCAGGAGCUCAAACACGCACGGCAUCCGUCACUGAUGAUGCCAUCUCCCGCUUCGCCCUCCCGGGUACGGCAGUCGUCACAGGCGGGACCGGUGCCAUUGCCAUGUCCGUCGUGAAGGCGAUGCUCCAGCACGGUCUCACAGGUCUCAUGCUUCUCGACUUGGACGUCACAUUAGCCGAUGCAGUCAAACAAAUCGCCGCUCUGCGCGAAGCAUUCCCCGACAGAAAAAUCGACGCACUAUCCGUUGACGUCACCGACGAAGAGGGCGUCGGAAAGGCGAUGGAGCGCGCCGCCGAGACGCUGGGUGGAAUCGACUACCUCGUCUGUUUCGCGGGUGUAGUCGGAUGCGUACAUGCGCUGGAGAUGCCUGCCGCGCAGUUCCGGAAGAUCUUGGACAUCAACACCACGGGCGCGUUCAUCUGCGCCCAGGCCGCGGCCAGGAUAAUGGUCCGUCAGGGGCGCGGGGGCAGGAUCGUGUUCACGGCGAGUAUCUCGGCGCACCGGGUCAACUUCCCACAGCCGCAGGCGGCGUACAACACGAGCAAGGGGGCUUUGUUGAUGCUGAAGAGCAGUCUCGCAGCGGAGUGGGCCGGGUAUGGAAUCAAUGUCAACAGCAUCAGUCCUGGAUACAUGGAUACGGUGUUGAACGAGGGCGAGGGACUGUCUGAAGCGAGGAGGAUGUGGGCUGAGAGGAACCCAGCCGGGCGCAUGGGAAUGCCGGAGGAGGUAGCGGGGGUUGUGGUGAUGUUGUGCUCGAAGGCUGGAAGCUAUUUCAACGGAAGCGAUCUGGUUGUUGACGGUGGUGGUGUUGUGUUUUAG